AUGAGUAUCACCAAACUCUUGGCUGCCGCCUUCUUCGUGUCAUUUGUUGAAGCUGUUCCGGCUCAGAAGCCUUGUCGAGUCUCCUACUUCAGGCAUGGCUUGACAAGCCUGAUUGACCAGGAGUUCCAGUACCUCGGCAAGCCAGGCCAUUUUGUCCGUUUUCUCAAAAACGAAACCAUCAACCAAGUAUACCAAGAAAGCACAACAACUGGUCUCUUUGGGAUGUGGACUCGUGUAUAG